ACAUCACCAGGAGCCAUCCAGGAAAUUCCCUUCUGGCCUUCAGUCCACACGUGUGCAGUUUUCCCAAAGUUGGGCGAGAGUCCUUCCUGUUCUACAGUCCUGUUGCGUCUCUAACACGGAGCAGAGCAGGAGCGACCCCAAGUAACAAAGGGGCAAAGUUUUCAUGGGGAGUGAAGCAACGUGCGCUUGGGGUCUACAGACUACAUAGGAACAGACUCAGGAUUGAAGCACCUCGCAUCUGGAAGCGCUGUCCUUGGUUAGUUUGCAGGAAAUGCUGUCCUUCUGGGAUGUGGCCAUUGAGUUCUCUGCAGAAGAGAGGGAAUGCCUGGAGCCUGCUCAGUGGAAUUUGUACAGGGAUGUGAUGUUGGAGAAUUACAGCAACCUUGUGUUCCUGGGUCUUGCUGUGCCUAAGCCACACUUGGUGACAUUUUUGGAGCAAAGACAAGAAUCUUCAGAUGUGAAGAGACAAGAAGCAGCCAACAUGCAGCCAGGAACAAUACCUGAUGAUUAUAACAUGUACAGAAAGACUAUUGUUUGUAACUCAUUAAUUAUGCAACACCAGAGAAUUCAUACAAGGGAAAAACCCUACAAGUGUGAAGAAUGUGGUAAGGGUCUUAGUUCUCAUAAAACACUUUCCAUACACAAGAGACUUCAUACAGGAGAAAAACCCUACAGAUGUAAAGAAUGUCAUAAGUCCUUCAAUACUCACUCAUCACUUUUUAUACACCAAAAAAAUCAUACUGAUAAAAGAUCCUACAAAUGUGAAGAAUGUAGCAAAUUAUUUUAUUAUCCUUCAAUGCUGAAGCAACAUCAAAGUUUUCAUUCUGGAAAGAAACCCUACAAGUGUGAAGAAUGUGGCAAAUUAUUUUACUAUUCUUCACUGCUGAAGCAACAUCAAAGUAUUCAUAGUGGAGAGAGACCACACAAGUGUGAAGAAUGUCACAAAGCCUUUCGUUAUUACUCAAGCCUUAAGAACCACAAGGCAGUUCACACUGGAGAGAAAUUCAGCAAGUGUGAACUGAGAAGAAAAAGAUGUACUAAGUCUGCCUUCCUCAUUGAGGACAAGGCAGCUCAUAUAGCAGAGAAAGCCUACAAGUGUGAAGAGUGUGGCAAGUGCUUUUGCUCAUCUUCAUCCCUUAGAGUACAUCAAAAAAUCCAUUCUGAAGACAAUCCCUACACAUGUGAAGAGUGUGGCAAAAGGUUUUCCUACUUUUUACACCUUCAAGAGCAUCAGACUGUCCAUACUGGAAAGAAACCAUACAAGUGUGAAGAAUGUUACAAAGCCUAUUGUUAUCACUCAUCCCUUACUAAACACAAGAAAGUUCAUACUGGACAGAAACCCUACCAGUGUGAAGAGUGUAACAGAUGGUUUUCCUCAUCUUCAUCUCUUAGACGACAUAAAAGAAAGAAUAUUCAUUCUGAAGAAAAUCUGCAAGACUGAGGGGAAUGUACAAAGACUUUAUUAACUGUUUUAUCUGUACUCAAUACAUGAUAGAAUUUAUAUGGGAGAGAAAUCCUACAAAUGUCUUAAAAAGUUUACUUCUCAACCCUUAAAAGAAAGCAAAUGAUUAAUUCUGGCUACAAACUCCCAUGAGUAUGUGAAGUGUGGUAAAAAUCUUUGCUGGUAAUUCAGGUCUUAUCCACCUCUAAUGUGUCCAUAGUGGAGAAUAUUAAGUUAAUUAUUUUUGGAAUGUCAACACAAACAGCUAACUUCCAAGAGCACUAAGAAUGUUGUCAGAGAACAGUGGAGACUUCUCUUUGUUGUAACCCCCCACAGUUUAUUCAAGCGGUGUGUUUGAAAUUUGCCUUGAUUAAUGAGUCUCUUUCUUGUGUAACUGUAAAUGUUCCCUGAAACCUUUACCAUGUCCUAACUUUGUCCACUGGGUUCCUGGAGUCUGAGAUCUGGGCUGUGUCAUAGUUACUGUUGUUUUCCCAGUGGAGUCAUCCAAGCUCCUGUAAUAUCUCCCCUCGGUGUGUAAGAAUCUGUCUCUCUGAGCUAGCAGGUUUUCACCCAGCAUUUGGCUCCUGAAUUCUUAUUGGUAAAAUAAAAGGAUAGAGACUUAGUUAAAACCACAAGAAGGCUCUUCCAGUCUAAGGCCUCAGCAGCAAUAGGCAGCAGCUGCAGAGACACAGUCAUCAGCUGAGGCAGAGAUGGUAUCAGGUGCAGCUGAUAAAAAACAACAGUGCCCAUAGAGCAAUAAUGACAGGAAGGUUAUGGGAGAAACCAUUCAUUUUCUGAUUGGAUUUAAAUCUUAUUCCACAAAUAGUAACUGGUAUCAUGUUAAUUUGGUGAUAUGCUUUUGCCUGGCUAGGUUAUAAACCCUAGGGGGAAAUUAAUGCUGUUAUUCUAAUAAGUGGAUACUAACUAAAUGAACCCAAGUUCUCAUCUUUAUACUCACAGAGUCAGGAACCCAAGUCCUCAUCUUUAUACCCACAUUAUAAACAAGGUCCCUUACACACAUCUAAAGCCACAAGUCAGAGAUUCCUGAGGGGAAAGAGGAAGAAUGUCAGAGGCAGAAACAGUAGAUGUCUGCACUGAGAUAGCAAAAAUGUUUAAACAUUUCUAGAAUAGUGAAACAUUGCUAGAAAUGGCAGUGCCAUUUCCUGCUUGAACAUUCUGGGGCUAUUACUACAUGUACAACAAUUAAACAAGCUAAAUCCCACCAUACAAUAAGCAUGGUUGUAUAAGGGCCUCACUGUGUCUCACAGUGUGGAGGAGCUAUUAGCAAUUGAUGGCUCCUGAGGGAGACAGUCAUUCUUAGAGUCUUCCAGGUACAGUCAACUGUCUAACACCCCUACACAUAGAGAGAGCACUAAGUGUAAUGAAGAAAUAAUAAAGGAAAAGCCCACCAAGUUGGGAGAGAAAAGUGUUUUUAAGUGUAAGAAGCAAUAGGUGAAUGUGGAGUUUUGAAUAAAAUAUUCAAUAUACAUGUAUUAAAUUUACCCAACUAAUAUCAUUUUAAUAUUUGUUGGCUUUAGACAUAUCCAAACUGACUGGUUUUAGCAGUGAUUACAGCACAUGAAUCUGGCUGUCAUAAAGUAUACAGAGGGUCAGCACCCUACUGGGAAGGCAUCAUGAGGGAUCAAGUGAGUGGACUCCAGAAGGGCUCAGAUGCUAAGAACUAAGGAUCCCUGUGUCAGUGUAACCCCAGGGAAGAGACAGGAAUGGCUUUGCAGAGAUGAGAUGUGGCCAGACUCACCUUAUAUCUUCCACUUGGCCAUGAAUACAACAGAGGAACAAUGCCCAGUGGCCUACCCAUCCUCCUUUACCUCCCUCCUACAUCCAUAGUGAUCACAGCUGUUUUUGUUCUGGGCUAUCCAACAUUAUUGUAGUUAGGAAAGGAGUGUAACAGUCGCAUGAACUUGGUAGGUAGUUACAAGAAAACACUUCACAUAACUAUCAUUGUGUCAUGUUUAAAAAGUUUAUUAACCUAUAAAUGUCAUAUGUGCAUUAGAGAAAACACCAAGAAAUGAAUAAGCCUCUAGAUUACAUGGCAAAGAGAGUUUAUGCUUCCAGCUUUAAUUUCCAUCUUAGAUAAUAACAAAGAUGGGCUGCUGUGUGGGGGAGGUUCUGUCUUUUAAAAUUGUCUAAGAUGUAGUCAGCAAUCCACCUUGAACAAAGGUCCGGUUUGCUACGUGUACGUGAGUCAAUGUUUUCUUCCUGAUUGACAUCUCUGUAGACCUAGUUAUUAAUUUCCUCAGAACACAGAGAGAGAUUUCCUCAUGGAUAAAAUUGACCUUAAUGGCUAUACAUUUGUUCUACAAGACAAUGAUUUUUUUUUUAGAGCUUCUUAGGGAACUAGCUUAAGUGAGAAGUAGCAGAGAUACACUCUCAGUAGUAAAUACUCUAGCAGAGACUUACAAGCUCAGGAGUAAAUAAUACAGCAAUGGCUCAUGCUGUCAGGAGUAAAUAGUAUAGCAGAAACAUAUACUCUCACUAGUUAAUAGUGUAACAGAGACACACACACUCGGGAGUAAAUAUUGUAGCAGAAACGUAUAUUCCCAGGACUAAAUAGUAUAAGGAGACUCAUAAUCUCAGCUGGCAUUUCUCAUUUCUCUCUUUAAUUUUAAGCC